GAUGACACCAGUCGUAGACGACUUGAAACAGAGAAAAGUAAAAGAAGCAAAAGAAAAGAGCGACCUGCGAUGACGACGGUGGCGGCGCUGAGGAAGAGGGGCCGGCCGAGGAAGAUGCGGGAUGGCGUACACCGUCAUCGCUCGCCUACUUCCCCCUCGAGUGCCCCUGAGGCUCCUCGCCGGACGCUACGCCAGCGACGGCGACGCCCCCUUCGUGAUGGAUUCGCUGAUUUCGACGACUACUUGGAUGAGGAGGAGGAAGUGGAAGUGGAGGAGGAGGAGGAGGAGGAUCUGGAGCGGAAAAGAAAGAGGCGGCAGCUGAAGCUCAUCCUCAAGCUGCCUCCUUCUUCCCCAACCACUGACAGACGGGUGGAGCGCGAGGAGGAGGAGGAGGAGAGGAAGCCCCGAAGGGUUGCUCCCUCAGCGCGCGAGUCGCCGUCUUCGUCUUCGGCUACUUCGUCUUCUUACGUGGAUGACGACGCUGAGGAUGAGGGCGAAGAGGAGGAGCCAGUCAAGCCGCUGAAAAAGCGCCACUUUGAGCGAAUUGAUGCGGGUGUUCGUUCCAUUGGAUCUGCUCCCCGAGAGGUGAGGGAGAAAAGUCUUAUUCGGAGAUCCACGGGGCCUGUUUCUGGGGUGUCUACAAGUUCACAGCCUGCAGGAACACCUUUGCCCAACAGGAAGUUGUUGGAGGCCAUUCUUGAUAAGAUUCAGAAAAAGGAUACUUAUGGGGUCUUUGCGGAGCCAGUGGAUAUCGAAGAGCUUCCUGAUUACUUUGAUGUGAUUGAGCGCCCAAUGGACUUUGGGACUGUUCAGAAGAAAUUGGCAAGGAAUUCAUAUCGGUCUCUUGAACAAUUUGAGGGUGAUGUCUUCUUAAUUUGCAGUAAUGCUAUGCAGUAUAAUGCACCAGACACAGUAUACUUUAGACAGGCACGGGCCAUGCAAGAAAUUGGGAGAAAAGAAUUACAAAAGCUACGAACUGAGGUCAAAUUUAUCAAGCCUGAUUCAAAAUCUGAAGAGAAGAUCAGACUAAAUCCCAUUGAGAAAAAACCACUGCAAAAGUGCCUGCCAAGAGUUGUGCAAGAAUCAUUUGUUUCUGAUAUUUCAUCUGCCACAACUCUUGCUUCUGGAGGGGACAUUGGUACUGGUUUAAGCACAGUAGAAGCUAGUGGUGCAGAUCCUGCUACCACUUCCAAUGGUCUUGCUGAUGGCAGUUCUUCCCUGGGUGACAGUAAAUCAGAAAAGACGGAUGACCUUAGAGUGAAAGGCUCUCCAUCUAAGCUUGGGAAGCGAUCACUUGAUGUAGAUGAAAAUAGGCGUGCCACUUACAAUAUUAGUUGUGACCAAGAAUGCAUAGCAGAAUCUAGCACUGUGUUUGAUGUUUUUGAGGGAGACCAAAGGCAGCUGAUUGCUGUUGGAAUUGAUGCUGAAUACGUGUAUGCAAGGAGCCUGGCCCGUUUUGCAGGCAAUCUUGGUCCUUCUGCCUGGAAAAUUGCGUCAGAGAGGAUUGCAAAUGCUUUGCCUUCUGGUGUAAAGUAUGGAUAUGGAUGGGUUGAUGAAUAUGAACCACCUCUAAGUCCUAUUGUGUGCAGUCCCAAGUUGAAACAAAAGCAGAUUAAUCAGAAUACAACCGUUCAGUUUAAAAUGCCUCUGAAGAAGGAUAAAGUAACGACAGUCGGUAGAAAAGCUAGUGGAAAUGGAGAUUUAAAGGAAGUAGAUGAUUAUAACACACAGAGUCAGCUUCGAACCAGUUUUCACAACAGAGAUUCUGAUCCUGUCAAGGAAGGAAAUGAUCUUCCUAGACUUAAUGGAACAAAGAAACAAUCACCCAACACUAUCUCUGUACCCCGGCAAAGGACAGAUGCUGCUGUAUUGCAGAAGAACAAACAAGUUACAUUUAAUUUUACUAGUACUAGUGCUGCUUCAUUAGAGCAAGUUCGAGAAUGUCAGCCAAGUUCCUCAAAUACUAGAUUGAUGAAUCAAGCUUUACAGAGCUCUCACGUUUAUGAUAGUGUAGUCCCUUCUAGACCACCUGCCACUGUUAACCAAACAGACAGAAAAACUGUGCAGCCAGAAACUCUAAAACAAAUGGAAUCAUCAAUGGCACCAAGCAGGAAAUCUAAUGAAAAAUUCACUGUUGGUCAAUUCAGUAGUGGAAAAGUCUCGGCUGGUUCUUGCAAUAGUCUUGAUAAUACCAUGAGAUUUCUUUCCCCAAAUCAAACACGAGUCAUAGCCAAUGACCCUCAGUCAUUGGGCAGUUAUGAUCAUGGCCUUGAUGAUCCUUCAAGAUUAAUGGGCUUGCCAAUCAAGAUGUUUAGCCAGCCAAACAUUUCAAGCAAUUCAAAUUCUCCCAAAACAUUCCCGUCAGUUGUUCCACCAAGUGGUAGAGAAAAACCAAAUGUUCCAGAUUAUGUCGCAGCACAAAUGUGGAUGACUGCCAGAGCUUCCUCACACUCCAAACCACCACAGCAUACAGUAGAUGCUCGCAACACUUCAAAUGGAUCUGUUUCUACAUUUUCUUAUGGCUCAUGGAGAGCGCCAAAUUCAUCCCCCAGGAUCUCCAACGAUUCCAUUACAAUCUCCAUGUCUCAAGCUUUUAGGCAACCUAUCCAGGUGGUAGGUUUGGAACCUCAGGUUCGUGACAAGGGACUGGUCAUCUUCCCUCAGCUAGUUGCAAAUGAUAGGUCUGGAUUUCAAAAUCAGAGUCCACGACAAGGUCUGGUUCCACAAACAGAAAACAAGCAUAGCAAGAAUAUGUGCCCUCCAGAUCUAAAUAUUAGUUUCCAGCCUCCUGGAUCUCCGGUUCUGCACUCUCCUUGCAUUCUCAAGGACUCUCAGCAGCCAGACUUAGCUUUGCAGCUCUGAUAAUCCAUUUUCAAGGUUGGUUUAUGUCACGCAAACAAUAUUAUGGAUGAGGAAAGAAUGUUAAUAUGAAGUUGUUUUUCAUCAGAUGAAGCUUGUUUGUGCUUGCAAGAUGAGUAGGUAAUGGAAGAAGGAAAUCAUCCUCAUGGACUCAAUCAACCGAUCUUUUGCUUGAAUCAAUGAUUUUGGUUGGAAAUCUACAAUGUGAACUAUAGUCAUGUUGAAUGGUGAAUAGAGCCGAUUUUGUAGAUGGACAUAUGCUGAUGAAUCAUGACUGGACACACAUAUCUGAUAAUAGAUUUAGCCAUUCUCACUGACCAACCAAGGCUGAUGGUUCUUGGUCAUGAUUUCAGCUUUUGGUAGAAUCAUCAAAGAAAUCUAUGCGAAAUGCAAAUUUUCUUCUGCUAUUUGCUUUUAAUAUCAUAGUAUGUUUUGCUGGAAUCCUUUUGUCGAUUGGAAGAUGUCAAAUUCUGGGUUUUUUGGGGACGGCCAACUUGUUUGAAAGUAGUCUGAGUAAUGAUUGAAAAGAUCACUAUAUCUUGA